CACAGACGGACCAAACAAAUCAAAAAGUUCUCCGCCUGAAGUCAAAGCGGAAGAUUAAAUUCUGCUGUCGGGACGAAAAAAUGAAGUUUCGGGGGAAAAUCAUCGACAUCGCCUGUUUGAACCACUUCACCCGAGUCGUCACCACCAUCUCAAAGCUGACAAAGAUGUGCGUCCUGCGGCUGACGCCGGACAACCUGUUCUUCGUUCUGUCCGGUAAAGUGGCCAACGGCGGCGUCAGCAUGUGGUGUGAGCUGUCACAGGCCAACUUCUUCGACGAGUACCAGAUGGAGGGCGUGUCCUCCGAGGACAACGAGAUCUGUCUGGAGGUGACUCCGGAGAAUCUGUCCAGAGCCCUGAAGACGGUCCAGAACGCCAAGGCGGUCAAAGUCAAACUGACCAAGAAGCACUGCCCCUGCCUCACCAUCGCCGCCGAGCUGCCCACGCUGUCCAGCGUCAGUCGAGUCGUCACUCACGACGUCCCCGUUGAUGUCAUCCCCCGGAGACUGUGGCACGAGUUCAAAGAGCCGAGCAUGCCGGACUUUGAUGUCAGCAUCUACCUGCCUCCCCUGAAGACCAUGAAGAACAUCGUGGACAGGAUGAAGAACCUCUCCAACUUCCUGAGCAGGGACCCGGAGAGCCUGGUGGAGGCCAGGGUGGACAUCAGGAGGCUGCAGCAGUUCCUGGUGGGGCAGCAGGUCAACCCCAGCAAGGCCAUGUGCAACAUCGUCCAUCAGAGCGUCCUCCACCUGAUUCUGCUGCAUGAAGACAUGUCGCUGCAGUACUUUAUCCCCGCCGUGGCGUAGACGCUCUGCUCGGCGCCAGUCUGAGGAAGUAAAGCUGGACUAAACGGUUUCAGGUGUUUCGUCACAUGGAGACAAAGCUGAGCGCGCCCGUGCUCCGUCUGACGGAGGCUCCGAGUGGAGCUCACAGGCUCUCCUCUCUGACCGGUGACGGUGUCGCAGGAGGACGGAGGAGCUUUGGACCGCUGACAUAAAGAGUCUGUUUGUGAGAUGUUUCGACGGUUUUUGAUUAAAACUGUUUGAAAAUAAAAA